GACUGUCCGUGCAAUCUAAAACUAUAUCACCACCACUACCUCUACCACCACGGCUCAGCUUCGAUUAGGGUUUUAGGUUUUUAUGCUCCGGAAUAGAAUAUAUUCGGGUCGGGUCAUCCAGUAUCCGAUUCAAGGUGAGGGAGAGAGAGAUGAAGCACAGGAACGAGCUCAGUCCCUCGGCUAAGCAAGUGAAGUACUUCUUGAUCGCUUUGAUUGCGUGCUUGGGAUUGGUCUGUUUAUACUACGGUUCGUCUUUUGCUCCGGGCUCUCGGAGAUCCGACGAGGAAUCCUCUGCCUCCGAUGGGACCGACCCGGUUUAUGGCGGAUUCGCUCGGAGUAGGGAUUUCGAUGAGUUGCAUGAAGAUCAAGAGCAUAAUCCUGAAAUUCCCAAAAGUAUACCGAUAUGUGAUAUGAAGUUUUCGGAGUUGAUACCUUGUUUAGAUAGAAACCUUAUAUACCAAUUGAAAUUGAAGCCCAAUUUAGCUGUAAUGGAGCACUAUGAACGACAUUGUCCGCCACCAGAACGUCGUUACAAUUGCUUGAUACCACCUCCACUGGGUUAUAAGAUACCUAUAAGGUGGCCAGCAAGUAGAGAUGAAGUGUGGAAGGCCAACAUCCCCCACACACACCUUGCACAGGAGAAGUCAGAUCAGAAUUGGAUGGUUGUCAAUGGGGACAAGAUUAAUUUUCCAGGUGGAGGGACUCAUUUCCACGACGGAGCUGAUAAAUACAUUGUUUCUCUUGCUAGGAUGCUAAAAUUUCCUGGUGAUAAACUCAACAAUGCCGGAAAUAUCAGAAAUGUUUUUGAUGUGGGUUGUGGAGUUGCAAGUUUUGGGGCCUAUCUACUUUCUCACAACAUCAUAGCUAUGUCUCUUGCGCCUAAUGAUGUGCAUGAGAAUCAAAUUCAGUUUGCACUAGAGAGGGGGAUUCCAGCAACUCUAGGGAUCUUGGCUACAAAAAGGCUUCCGUAUCCAAGCAGGUCAUUUGAACUGGCUCAUUGUUCCCGAUGCCGUAUUGAUUGGCUGCAAAGAGGGGGAAUCCUUUUAUUAGAACUUGAUAGGUUACUAAGACCGGGAGGUUAUUUCGUGUAUUCUUCUCCUGAAGCAUAUGCAACUGAUCCUGAAAAUCGGAGGAUUUGGAAUGCUAUGUAUGAUCUUUUGAAGAGAAUGUGCUGGAGAGUUGUUACAAAGAAAGAGCAGAGUGUUAUAUGGGCUAAGCCAGUUUCAAAUAGUUGUUAUUUAAAGAGAGAUCCUGGAACCUAUCCCCCAUUGUGUGGUGCAGAUGAUGAUCCAGAUGUAACCUGGAAUGUGAGCAUGAAGCCUUGUAUUUCUAGAUACUCUAAAAAAAUGCACAAGGUAAAAGGGAGUGGACUAGUUCCUUGGCCUCAAAGGCUUACUGCAGCACCUCCUCGCCUGGAAGAUUUAGGUGUCAGUCCUGAAGAAUUCUCAGAAGACACUAGCAUAUGGCAUUUUCGAGUCAUUGAGUACUGGAAGCAAAUGAAGUCAGUGAUGCAGAGGAACUCCAUUAGAAAUGUUAUGGAUAUGAACUCAAACCUUGGUGGGUUUGCUGCUGGCCUAAGUGAUAGAGAUGUCUGGGUGAUGAAUGUUGCUCCUGUCCGUGCAUCUGCAAAAUUGAAGAUUAUAUAUGACCGAGGCUUAAUUGGAACUGUACACGACUGGUGUGAAUCAUUUUCCACGUACCCACGUACAUAUGAUCUUCUACAUGCAUGGGCGGUCUUUUCAGAGAUUAGUGAGCGUGGAUGUAGUAUGGAGGAUUUAUUAAUAGAAAUGGAUCGGAUUCUACGGCCAAAUGGGUUUGUCAUCAUAAGAGAUAAACCUUCUAUUAUAAAUUAUAUUCGGAAAUUUGUUACUGCACUAAGGUGGGAUGGUUGGAUAUCCGAAGUAGAACCAAGUAUUGAUGCUCUGUCCUCGAGUGAAGAAAGAGUUUUGAUUGCUAGAAAAAAGUUGUGGGAUGAGGACCUGAUGCUUAUGUGAUCUACAUUGGUUCUCAGAUGUUACUUGUGUUCUAAGGUGUUUUUCUCAUAAAUGAUGCUUAGGUUCGGCGUGUCGUGUUUUUAUCUGGUAGAGGAGACUAGACAACUUAUAGAGACUAAGAGAUGGAAACGCUUAUGGAUUAUAUGCGACCAGUUAGAGAUGCAGCUGUGUAUACAUCAAACAAGGAAUGAAUUAUACCUAUUAGCUAUUGCAUAAACUAGGGAUUCUUUUGUGGUUUUCUGGUUUUGUAUAUGGGUUGCAUUAUUUUUUAACUAGCCUAAAUCAUAAGUAAUUGGGAAAUGUAUGCAUAAAUUUAUGGUUAAUCUUGUAAUUUCUUGUCUGGCAGUGCUUAAUUUAUAAUUUAAGCUACUUUUUUCA